UUUUUGCUUUUUCUUGUUUGGUGCAGGGCAGAUGGCACGCUCGGAGCUGUUUGCAAGCAUGGCGCCCUCUGUGGAUGGGAGGGGUGUGGGCCUGGAUGUUCUAGGUUUCCUGGACCCUCCUGAGGAUGAAAACAGCACAGCGGUGAGGUGCUACCGCUCGCACUCCCGCAGCAGUGUCCUGCAGGGUUUGCCUUUUGGAGGCGUGCCCACUGUCCUCGCCAUCAAUGUAGUACUCUGGAUGUUCCUGUUACUCAUCUUCUCCUGCCUGAGGAAGGCUGCGUGGGAUUACGGCCGGCUGGCCCUGCUGAUGGAAAACGACAGUCUCACGUCCCUGUUUUAUGGAGAGCCGAGUGAGAAGGAGAAGUCUCCGUCAGAAUCCAGUCCCUCUGACUCUGAGACUAAAGACGUGGGCUUCUGCUCGUGGCUGACAUCACUUUACCAGAUGAAGGACGAGGAGAUCCGCAGUAAAUGCGGCAUCGACGCCGUCACGUACCUGUCCUUCCAGCGCCACAUCAUCCUGCUGAUGUCGGCGGUGUGCCUGCUCUCUCUGGCCGUGAUUCUGCCAGUGAACUUUUCCGGCAACCUCUUGGGAGACAGUCCUGCAGAUUUUGGGAAAACGACGCUGGCGAAUGUUAGUGCAAGGGACCACUUCCUGUGGCUCCACAGCAUCUUUGCCUUGGUCUACUUCAUCAUCACGUUGCUGUGCAUGGCUCACCACUCCAUGAAGUUGGAUUACAAAGAGGACGAGAAGGUUGCCAGGACUCUGAUGGUUACCUCCAUACCCAAAGAGAUCACCGACCCAGGACUCAUCACCAAACACUUCCAUGAAGCCUACCCCAGCUGUACCGUCACUGACAUCCGUUUCUGCUUUGAUGUCCACAAGCUGAUGAGGCUGGACUUGGAAAGGCGCAAAGCGAUGAAAGGACGACUGUAUUUCACCACAAAGGCUCAGAAAGAGGGAAAGAUCAUGAUCAAGACUCAUCCGUGCGCUCGGAUAUUCUGCUGUGACUUUUGUGGCUUUGAAAAGGUAGAUGCAGAACAGUACUACAGCGAGUUAGAAGAGAAGUGGACAGACGAGUUUAACGCCGAGAAGAAUCGAACCUCCAUGAAGAGGCUGGGCAUAGCCUUUGUGACGUUCCGUGAUGAGAGGAUGACCGCCGCCAUUGUGAAGGACUACAGUUGGGUGCGCUGCCACCGAAGACCCCAGCAGUCCAGCAUCACCACCGUGGUCCAGUCUCAAAAGUGGUUGGUCAGCUACGCCCCGGCUCCCUCUGACAUCAUCUGGGAAAACCUGUCCGUGUGUGGAUCCCGCUGGUGGCUCCGAUGUGUCCUCCUCAACAUCCUUCUCUUUCUCCUGCUGUUUUUCCUCACCACUCCCGCCAUCAUCGUCAACACCAUGGACAAGUUCAAUGUCACCAGGCCGGUGGAGAGCCUCAGGAGCCCAGUCAUUACAGAGUUCUUCUCGACCCUCCUACUGUGGGCGUUUUCGGUGCUGCUGCCGUUCAUCGUCUACUACUCGGCUUUCUUCGAGUCCCACUGGACCAGAUCGGGUGAGAACCAGGUGACGAUGCACAAGUGCUUCUUCCUGCUGGUCUUCAUGGUGAUCGUCCUGCCCUCACUUGGUCUGUCCAGUCUGGACUUGUUCUUCACAUGGCUCUUUGAUGUCAACUUCCUGGAUGAGAAGGAUGUCAAAUUCCAGUGCGUGUUUCUUCCAGACAACGGGGCAUUCUUCGUCAACUACGUGAUUACGUCCAGUCUAAUUGGCACAGCCAUGGAGCUGCUUCGCAUCCCGGCGCUGACAGUUUACGCCCUGCGCCUUUGCGUCGCCAAGUCGCAGGCUGAACGCAUUCAUAUCAAACGGAGCCAGGCCUACGAGUUCCAGUUUGGCCUGGAGUACGCCUGGACCAUGUGUAUCUUUGCAGUCAGUAUGACCUACAGCAUCACGUGUCCCAUCAUUACACCCUUCGGGCUGCUCUAUGUGAUCCUGAAGCACAUGGUGGACCGCUACAACAUCUACUACGCGUACGUUCCCACCAAACUCAACCAGCGGAUUCACAGAGCAGCCAUCAGCCACGUCAUUGUGGCUCCCAUCCUCUGUAUGUUCUGGCUGCUCUUCUUUUCCGUGCUCAGACUGGGUCCGAUGCAGCCCAUCACCCUCUUCACCUUCGUGUCUCUGCUCUCCUGUAUCACACUCUCCUUCUUCCGCUUGUGCCUUAGGAAGCGGCCGGACAAGUCGACCAGCUACCAGAUGUCCGACCAGCCAGCUGAGGGGACGUUCAGUGAUGCAGACAGGAGUACUGUUCCAUCCUCGACUGCAUCCAGUCUGUUUGUGGCAUCCGUGUUGCUGGAGCCGGAGCUCGGUUUGACUCCCAUGCCGUCCCCGGCCCACCACAGCUACGGCGCCAUGGCCAGGUCGCAGAGCUCCAGUCGCGGAGCAGCGGCGGAAGAGGAGUGCGAGGAAGGCCAUGCUCAGACUCGUGAGACUGAGCUCCAAGAUCCUUCUGACCUGUAUGGUUCCAGCCCACUCAUGGACAGCCCCGUGGGCUUCCAGUAACAGCAAAAUACCCCCCCAGAUACCGUCCACGCGUGCUUCACCUGGAGAUUUACAGACUGAUAAAUACUGCAAUGCUUUGUUUUCACCGCCAACCUCAGACUCCAAUCUAGCUGCCAGUGGCGCUGAGACUAUAUCAGGCUUUUUGGGAAGGAUUCAGAAGCUAAUGAAGGACAGUCUCUUGCUUCCAGGAUCUCAGUGACAACUCGAGGGGCUGAAUAGAUGUACAGAUCAUUCGGGUUUGUGCGUCGUGACAGGGACACCGUGUUCUAAUAUGGCGUCGUCUGUGUGCGAGAAGUGGUUGAAUGUGGCAGAGAUCCCCCGUCCAUGUGUGCCGCCUGGAGCCGAGCGGUGGCAAAA